UUCCUGCGCGGAGGUGUCCAGACAAAGCGAAAUCCUCACUUUGGAUUUGAGGGGAAGAACAUGUUGUACCGCAUUCUGAUCGUAGACACCACAUGGGCUCAUAUGGAUAUAAUGUGUACCGUUCCUCUUGUUGAUGACGAUCCCGUAACUAAUCGGGGUCGCGCCGGUCACAUUGUUUGUAGCCCUCGCGCUCUGAAAUCUACGACAAUCAUAAUGGGCCUUAGGGGACCUGUCUCACGAGUAGCAGCCAGUAUCGAUCUCCUGGCCGUUCCCCCCACGGGUGCUUGCUUCAGCGACCUGGUCCGCGGUGAUGGGCCAGCACGGUAUGUCCUGCGCUGGCGGAGAAUCGCAGCUGGGCGGCCUGCACUCGAGAAAGCAGAACCGGUUGUAGCUGACCAAGUGCUGGCCAUUCUCGUCUUUCUCCGACACGGCCAUAUGGAGUCCCGCGUCUUGCACAUGUCCAUGCAGCGCCCAGGGGAGAACGGCGGCGGCGGCAAGCACUUCAGCUCCUGCUUGCCGGUCAGCGCACUCCUGGUGAGCGGAAGCUCAACCGUGCAGCAGCUGCACUUGCAGUCGGGAUACAGCAGCGGGCCCCCCGUGCGCCGCAGCCGCUUCGCCGCGGUGGCGGCUGACGCACCGCCAGCGCUGAUCAGCAGAGGAAGGCUACAACGGCAUUAACAUAAACGUUCGGGGUCCGCGCGUGUUGCUCGGAUCGGCGCUGGUGGCCCCCUGGCAGCACCUCCAGCGCAGCCGCUCGCGCGCUCCGCUCGUCAGGCAUGGGGGGCCCAGCGCCGAUCCAAGAAAUCUGCGCGGACCUCCGAACAUGCAUGUUCACAUCCUUUUCACUUCCUGUGCGAUCUGAGAACCCACCGCGGCCGCGGAGCCAUGCCCUUCAGAAACCGAGCACAACGCCGCCAGGAGCAGCGCGGCAACGGCCACCGGAGGGCGCCCGGCCAUCCAGGGGAUAUCAGGCCGAGCGUGGAAGCGAAGCGCGAGCACGAGCGGGCAGACGGAUCCUGCGCACGCACAGGGGGCACGGGAGCAGCGGGAUCCGGGAGCUCGUCGCCGGACGCGGCCGACGACGAACGCUGAGCCGAGGCUGGCACGAGCUCGACCUGACCGCACAAGUGCGGGCCUGGCUGGCGCAGUGCGAAGCAGGAGUGGCCAGGACUGGAGGAAGCGGAGGGGCUGGCCCCUGGCCUGUCUCCCCCUGCGCCCCUUCGGAGUGACAGGCCUGGCAACGAACACUCCCGACUUACCAUCAGCUGGCAGUCUCUGCAAUGGGGGGAGAGUGAUGGGGGGAGAGGCGGGAAGGGGAAGGGGGGAUGCGAGGAUCACGAUGCUGCAAGCAGAUGCAACUCACCUCACUAGGUGCGUAGCCCACCACCCAUGAGGGCAGGGUGAUGGGUGGCUGCUCGCCAAAAACGGACACGCAAUGUUUUUCCUGCCACGUCCAGCCCAGGCCAUGAGUAGGUGCCCCGACCGAAGUCCAAGGAGCGAUCCCCAAAAAGCAUCGCCACUCCUGAGCCCAACGUGGUCGUCCUUACUCCUGCUUCUUG